AUGGGAGAUUCAUUUGAAAGUUAAUGCGAAGGACAUAUUCUCAUAGUUUCAUACCUUAAUUUUACUGACAAAUAUAUAUAUACAUGUUUGGGAGAUCCAUUUGUAAGCUAAUACGAAGGGUCUAAUCUCAUAUUUUACCUUAAAGUUACUGACAAAUAUAUAUACACGUUUGGGAGAUCCAUUUGUAAGCUAAUACGAAGGGUCUAAUCUCAUAUUUUACCUUAAAGUUACUGACAAAAUAUAUAUACAUGUUUGCAAGCAUUCUAUCAUAUACCAUAAAUUGAACGUAUAUGUGCAUCAAAGAAUGACAAAUCGACAUUCCGUUAAAGGGGCAUGUCAUCAGACGUACACCAAACUUUCCAUUACUAGUAUACCAGUGAAAUAUCAAAAGGAAAUAAUUCAUUUGAAGUAGGGUAAUAUUCUACGGAUAUGUUAUAAAAUGCAGCUAAAUUCCAUUUGUGUUUCGUAUUUGUUUACCGCGUUACUAGCGCAAAAGAGAAUUUUAUAAUACUUUACAGAAUGUAGGAAAUGUUCUAAAAAUAAGUUAUCUUGAGUGUAUACCGUAUUUAUUUUCAAUCAGUCAAACAUUUACAAAGUUUUCAAGUACUUAUUCAUGAAGAGUGUACAAAUUGUACAAUGAUUUGUGAAGGGAAUGAUUUAUUUAAACAUGCAGCAGCAUUGAAACGUAGUAAAAUCUGAUAGAGGCUAUACGAAGUAAUAGUUGCUAAGCUUCAUUCCUAUUUUUUGAUUUCGCUCCAUAGCCUCUACCCUAUACUUAGAAAUGAAUGAAUCAUUUUAUUUCAUUUUCGUCUAUUAACACAAUUAGAAUAGUAAUAACCCAAAGUAUUAUUUAAAUCUAACACAAUGAUCGUGUCCUACAAUUCCACUGUCGACGCUUUUGUUUUUGAAGUCAUAUCUAUGUCUUCUUUUAUGUUUAAUGUCAUGCUUAAACGAACAAUGAGAAUACCGUGUAAAUAUAUAAUUAUGAAAUAUAUUUGGUUCUGAAAUUUGUUUUGAUUUUUCUGCACUGGAAUGAAAACAAACGUUUUCUUACAAUGUAUGAUAUAAUAAAAAAUUCAAUGUUAAAUUGUAAGACUUCGUGUUAAUCAACUUUUAAUUUAGAAUCUUUGGAGUAAAAAUGAAUCCGGAAAUGAAGGUAUUUAAUUACAAAAAGGCUACUAAUCUUACCGACGAUUUUCGUCGCUUACAAUGUGUAACGCCGAUGGAAUUUGAUUUCCCGUGGGAGGUCGAUAAUUGUCCGAUAUGUCUAGAUGUCCAUGAUGACCCAAAACAGCUAGCAUGCAAGCAUACCUUCUGCAAAGUGUGUCUACAGUAUACUAUCGACAAGACACCAACAGAUACCAGGCAUGAUGACAGGGGCUUUGAGUGCCUUAUUUGCGGAUACUUUACUAAGAUACCGAAUUAUUCCAUUCCACGUUGUGACUGGGCAUACAAUAUAUCAGAAGAUUUCAGAUUUCCAGAAGCUAUACAAGAUGCUGAUGGUAGUACCGGUGAUGAUGAAUACAAACCAACUACAACUAGUAACAACGAUGACGAUGGUUACAAACCAACUAAAACAGAACGCUUGAAAGAAGAUAAUUGGUUUGUCAAGUGGAAAAUUUCAACAUUUCCAAAGUCUUAUCUGCUAAACAGAGGCUUAAACCCAUUUAAGAGGCUCAAAAACUGCUAUGUGUUUGCCAACACGACCAGUACAGAUGAUAUUCAAGGAAGUGGUGAAAGGGAAAACGGCAGACUGGUUCAAGAUGACUUUGAUGACACAACUGAACUCCAGAGCGAAAUAUUAGCUAUUGCUUUCUUCGAGGAUAACGUCAUAGUUUAUGAUAAUGGUCUACACGAGAUUCAAAUGUACAACAAAGAAAUGACAUUGGUGUCAAACAUUAGGGAGAAGGGUAUAUUUGACAUAGCAGUUCUUGGGACAAUCAUGUACAUGACAGUUCCAGAAGACAAAUGUAUCCAUGUAUAUGAUCUCUUAAACCAGUGCUAUCAAGAUCCACUUUAUCUAACGACAAAAUGUUUCGGUAUUUGCACAUUUAUUGACAAUCUUGCGGUUUUGUUGUGCGAAGAAAACGACCAAAAGUAUCAAAUUUGUUUUUUGAAAGCUAUUGGAGUUUUUGGAGAAAAGAUAGAACUGAGAGGUGGCCGUUUUAAAUUCACGUGUCCGAGACAGCUAACCAUUUGUGCAAUCACACGUGUGGCUUACGUCAGUGACAAUGAGGCGGGGCUUGUGAAAUGUUUUCGCCUUGAUGGACGUCUGAGCUGGGAAAGAUUGGUUUAUGGGGCGGGGCCUUUAGCGGUAUAUAAUGGUUAUCUAAUGGUAGGUCGAGGAUAUACUAACUCAGUAGAUGUACUUAUCAGUGGCGGAAGAUUUAAUGGAAGGCUGCAAUCAUUUCAAUACGAAUUGCUUGAACCUCAGAGCUUAGCAGUUUCCAACGAAAAAUCGGAAAUUGUAAUUGUUGACGGGAAUAACAUGAUCCAUUUGUUUACUCUUCACAAAAGAGAAGAAUUUGUACAAAAGAAAGAAAGUCGGUCCUGCUUGAUAGUUUAGAUAUUCAAGUACAGUGGAAUAUUGUAAAUCAAAAUAUCAAAAAUAAAGGUUCAGAAAAUGAUCGCAGACAUUGUAACAAAGACCCGACAAAUACAGGCAUAACAGAACAAGUCAAAAUAUUCUUGAUUACAUCAGUUCUUAUUAAAACAAAUGAUACUUAUUUUCAAAGUACUGUAUCAAAAUGUAUGUCCAACAUCGUGUUCAAAUCAGAAAGCCAUUUCACGAUGAUUUACCUUCUUUUGAACACGUGUUGUGUAAAAUAGUAUUUUGUUGUUAUAACAUAGCCUCAUUGUUCACUAACCGUUACUGUAGUGUAUUCCUUAGUUGACUGUUAUAAUGACUUCAGGAUUCAUAUAAUCUUUAUAUUUUAAUUCUCUUAUUGUUACAUUGACAUUACUGUUCACCGAAAUUGUGUUCACAUUUUGUUUACUGGUUAUAAUUCUGACUGUACUAUUUUUUACAAUAAUGUUAACAUUAUUGAUAACAAUUUGUUAAUGUAUACAUUGUAUUGCUCACUGGUUGCUAUACUGACUACAUGAAGUGAUGGCAUAUUAAAUUGAUGGUGUCGAAUAGCGCUCUUUAACUUAAUAAUUAUCUUCGAAACUGUUCAUAUUUGUAUGAUGAACAUUCGUAAAGUGAAGAAAAACGACCCGUCAUUUCAUUACAAUCAUCCUAUUAUCUCACAACAAAAAGUCUCAAACAGUUUUCUUUUAGAAAAGUCAAUACAUCUUCUAAACACUUAAGAACACAUUUCUGUUUUAUGCUGUCUUUAAUUUGAAUGAGUACAAAAGAUUUUCAAAGGAAUAAGCAAUGACUUAUAUGUUGACAUUAGACAUGUCUUAAAUAAAAUAUAUAUAAAAUAUAAUAUAUUUGU